CUCUCUCUCUUACUCACCCGCAACCAUGGCCGACAUCGGCGAAGAAGCUCCAGCCUUCAAACUCUUCGGCACAGUGAUCGUUGCAGAUGAAAACCGCCUCAAGAAAAACUCGCAGCCGCCACCACCACUUUCUUCUUCGGAGGCGGCGGCGGCGGAGCUGCCUUGCCCGCGGUGUCGGAGCCAGGAGACCAAGUUCUGCUACUUCAACAACUACAACGUGAAUCAGCCCCGACACUUUUGCAAGGCUUGCCACCGCUAUUGGACCGCUGGUGGCGCACUCCGGAACGUUCCAGUAGGCGCCGGCCGCCGCAGAAGCCGUUUUUACGCUCGCACCGGUGGUGAAACGGCGGCGGAAGGCGGUAGGGUGGAUUUCACGGCUGAAGUCGAGCGCUGGCUGCUCCGGCGAGAGCAGAUGCCGGCGGCGGGUGGGAAGUUGUCAAACGCGGCUAGUGAGUCGUGUUGACCACAGUGGUUGGAAGGUUAAAUGGGAACAAUAUGCAAACAAAAUUCUCCAUGAAGCGGAUCUGUUACAUUGCAAACCGUUGGCUAAUCCUACGUGUACCAAACCUCCAGAAUUCGUUCCAGCUGAUAACCUGCUGCAGGACGGUCAUCUCUACAGACGGCUA